AUGUCGACACUUGAACUUCCUUCCUGGCUUGAAAGUGGAGAAGCAACUCUUAUUGGUCAGGAGGAAGAAGUGCAAAAUGAUCUUCCUGACCUAACUUCAAUGCCACCAGAUAUUGAAGAACAAACAAUUGUAAAAGAUUUAUUGUAUUGCUUGAUUGGUGCAGAAGGAUCAUAUAUCAGACUUGUAGAUAAUCAAAAAUACGAAAUUAGAUGCAAAAUUCAUGAUUCAAUUUCAAGUUUUGUUGAAAAAAUAAUUCCAAUUUGCAAUGACUUUUGUAUAAUACGAAAAUAUGCAGAAGGACACUUUGCUUUUCAUCAUGGACGUAUUAUGCAUGCUCUUUGUUCUGCAUUAAGAACAGUUACAUCCGAAUAUCAGCAAACAAUUGCUAAAUUCGAAAAUGCACGCAGAUUAACUCCAUCUUUACUUCUUGGAAAUUUACAAAAUCCUGCUGAAAUGCUUCAUGCACUUUCAACAUUAAUAUUAGCACUUACAGAUAAGCGUGGCGUACCGAUUUUAUCUGAAAUCCAGAAGAGAUUAGCCAGUUUCAGAGGUUCGCCAAAAAUUAGACAGCUCUUCACAUAUCUAUUUCAAACAGCUUCAGUUCCUCUUCUCGACUUUAUUCAGAAGUGGAUAUAUAUGGGAAUUGUUGAUGAUCCUUUCGAUGAAUUCUUUAUUACAGAAGAUAGCAAUAUCACAGCAGAUGUUCUUGGCUCAGAAUAUGAAUCUAAUUUUUGGAGCUCUAAAUAUGAGCUUAAUACAUCAAGACUCCCUCACUUUAUUUCUGCUGCAGCUCUUAAAUCUAUUCUCUCAGCAGGAAAAUGCAUUUCAGUUCUUACAAUUUGUGGUCUUCAAAUGCCAAAUCCUCCAAAGCUGAAUCUUGAAGCGCUUCAAAGAGAGACAAUUAUCGAUUCUGCGUUCUUGUCUGCUUCAUUGAGAUUAGUCUCUGUUCUUCGAGAAAAAUAUGAUUUAUUGAAAUACGCAAAAAUGUUCAGAUCAGUGUUCCUAUGCGGCAGAGGUGAUUGGGUAGCUAAGUUUAAUCAUUUGGCAGCCCAGACAAUGUCAGUUUCCAGAGAUAAAGCUCACAUUCCUGCAAUUGAUGCAAACUUUGCUGCAUCUCUUCCAUCUGACUACUCCAAAUACUUUUCUGCAUUCUUAGAACAAGACACUCUUAGUACUCAAGUUCAAACAUUCCACUCUGUUUCGCGUGAAAAUCCUCAAGGAGUUGCUCCUUCCUCAGCCAAAGUUAUUUUUGGUCUUGAUUACAGUUGGGAUUACUUCGAUAUUAAGCCAGAUGUUAGAUGGCCAAUUUCUCUUGUGUUUAAUCACAUUGUUGUCACAAAAUAUCAAUUACUUUUCAGAACAUUGUUCACUUGGAAACAUCUUGAAUCACUUCUAGGCGAAUGUUGGCGAAUUUCAAGUAGAACAAUGGCAGUUCUCCCAGAAGUCGAUGGAAUGAGACAUGCAGUUCAUCAUUUCUGUUCUUCUUUCUUGGGAUAUGCUGCUAUUGAUGUCAUUCAUCCACUUUGGGCAUCACUCUUGGAUCAAAUGGAGACAUCUUCAUCAAUUGACGCUUUAUUCAAAGCUCAUGAUGAAGCUUUAGAUGAAGCCCUCAAUGGACUCUUUAUUUCUUCAAAGGAAACAAUGCACAAACUUAUCACAAUCGCCCAAAACUCAUUCAAUUUUGUUUCUCAAUAUAAGAAAUACGCAAUUUCUGUUUCAAAAGCAGCUGUAACAGAUAAUCAGAAGAGAUCUCUUAUAAGUCCUGUGAAGAAUUGCUAUGAUAAAUUCCACUCAAAUGUCGCAAGCAUUGUUCAAGAACUUGCGGCAAAAUCAACAAUAACAGGAAACACGCUAUUCUCCGAUUUUGUCAGACUUGUGAAUGUUAACCAUGAUUAUAUUGUAGAUGAUGUUGCUUAUUAA